AUGUCUCGCGUCAAAGAAGUUCGUCUUUAUGGAAACGGAAAAGCUUUUGUUGCAACUCAUCAUGUGUUUUGUGUGCUUACGACAGACGAUGGCAGAUAUCAUUUGUUGGAACUAACCAACGGCCAUGGAUCAUCAUCGUCUGGCAGUUCCGGUUCACGCAUAUUCAGCUAUAUUCAAAUUCACCAGGCAUCAUCAGGAACAUUGGACGGUGUACUGAAGCUUCGAUCCAACACUGAUGAGGAUGCAGAGCGGUGGGGAGCAGUAGAAAAGACGAAUACAUCAUGGAUAGAGGUUCAAGCGGUUGUUGAUGAUUACAAUGGUAAGAGUUAUGAUGGUAUUUUUAGAAACUGCCGGACAUUUGUUAAUAAAAUACAUGAAAUUCUGAUAAUCACUACCAUUAUUCCGCUGAAAACUUACACAUCAUGGCCGACCCACACUUCCAUUCAUUGGAUUAUCAAUAAACUCAUCGCUAUAGUUAGUCCCGAGAUAAGUUAUUCUGCUCCUAUCAUGUGUACACUUACAAAUUAUUUCGGAAUUUUUGUCAAUUGUUUACUAGUUCAUUCGAUAGUCAUAGUUACGAUUAGCAGAUGCUUUGUAACUCUUUAUCCGACGAAAAGAUCGUUCAAAAGUCGUAGUUGGGCGUAUUUAUCAUCGAUUAUUCAGUGGGUAUUCACUUUCCUUUCGGCAAUUCCAAUUCUAGUUUAUUAUUACCAGGUCUGUUUCUUCUACAACGACCACGGCGACGAUCAUUGGGUUUGGAUAUACGUGUUAUGCAUUUUAGUCGUAAUUCCAAUGGUCUUUAUCUUGAUUUUUAAUUCGAUUAUUUUUGUCUUUGUUCGAUCAUCCACUCGACGUAUCCGUCAAGCAAAAAUCGCAACAACCAUACCUGGAUCCGCUACUUUAUCCCAACAACAUACUCGAGAUGUGCACCUACUCAAACAUAUACUUUUCUUGUUUGUCGUAUUUAUUUUAGGAUGGGGACCUCUUUAUAUUAUUGUAAUUUUGCCAGAUUAUAUCUUGGCAGCAUUGCCAUCAUGGUUACCUCUUCCCCUACAAGUUCCGCCUGCAAUCAGUUGUAUGGUUCAGAUAGCCGAUUUAUUUAUUUACAACCGCGAAAUUCGGCAGUACUUAAAGCAACAAAUCUACCAUUGUUUGCAUUUAGCUUGA